AUGAUAGAUGCGGAGGCAGUGGCAGGUGGAAUUGCUCAGUUACCGUGCGACGUGGAACCGCCGGUCCCCGGAGACAAGCUACAUCUAGUUAUUUGGUACAAGGAGGAGGCAGACGCGCCGAUAUACAGUUUCGACACACGAGGACGAAGCAACCUGGAACAGGGGAAACACUGGCAGGAUAUCAGCCUCGACAAACGUGCCUUCUUCAGAUACACCGAGCACCCGGCGAAGCUCACCCUCGAGAACGUCCGUGAGAGCGACGCCGCCGUUUACAGAUGCAGGGUCGAUUUCAAGCAAUCGCCGACCAGAAACAGCAAAGUCAAUCUCACAGUGAUCAUACCGCCGGAGCAGCUUAGCAUAUUGGACGAAGACGGGAGGACUCACAUUCCCUAUUACGUGCUGGGCCCAUACAGCGAGGGCGCCUCUCUCAAUAUCACCUGUGUCGCUGCUGGUGGUCGACCACAGCCGAGAGUCACGUGGUGGCAGGAGAACGCUCUUCUGGACGACACCUACGAAACCGUCGGCACCAAGAGAGUUCGGAACGUGCUGCGAUUGGAGAAGCUGGGCCGCGAACACCUGAACACGAUCCUCACCUGUCAGGCGUCCAACAACAAUAUGGUGGCGCCUAUAUCCAGCUCCGUCACCCUGAACAUGAACCUGAAGCCGUUGUGGGUCCGAAUGCAAGGAGAGAACCGUCCAUUUAGCGCUGGCACCACGUACGAGAUAGGUUGCGAAGUCGUCGGGGCCAGACCAACGCCAAAAAUUAUCUGGUCGAAGGGGAGCACCACGCUGAGAAAUGCACGGCAUACGAUGAGCCCCGACAACAACGUCACCACCAGUAUUCUCACCUUCGUGCCCGGCAUCGAGGACGCCGGGAAGUUCCUCUCCUGCCACGGCAGCGUGCCGGAUAUCCCGGAUUCCGAGAUGGAGGAUGGAUGGAAGCUCGAUAUACACCACGAGCCGGUGGUCACGUUGGAGCUGGGCAGCAACCUGAAUCUGAGCGCGAUCCGCGAGGGCAUCGACGUCUACUUCGAGUGCAACAUCAAGUCGAACCCUUGGGUGUACAAGGUCUCCUGGCAGCACAACGGACAUCCCUUGUAUCAUAAUCCAGCGACCGGGACGAUAAUCAGCAACCAAAGCCUGGUGUUGCAAAGCGUGACCCGAAGCAGAGCUGGGAUCUACACCUGCAUCGGUAGCAAUCAGGAAGGCGACGGAGAGAGCAACCCCUUGAACCUCGACAUCAAAUUUGCUCCGGUCUGUCAUCAUGGUCAACUGAAAGUCUUCGGUGUGGCCCGACAGGAAACCACAAGGAUACCGUGCGAGCUCGAGGCAAAUCCAUCGGAAGUAUCGUUUACAUGGAAGUUUAACAACACCAUGGAGGCGGUAGACAUACCACAGGCGCACGUUACCAGCGAACGUACGCGUUCGACUGCGUCUUACACACCGAUGACGGAAUUGGACUACGGGACCCUGCUCUGUUGGGGCACCAACGAUCAGGGCACGCAAUCGGAACCCUGUGUUUACCACAUUGUGCCGGCUGGUCACCCGGACACUCCGCACAAUUGCUCUCUUCUGAACCAAACGACGGACUCGGUGUACGUGGAGUGCACGGAAGGGUUCGACGGCGGUCUGCCGCAGAAAUUCACGAUACAGGUGGACAGGGAGGCCGGGACCAGCGGUGCGCCAUCAAAACCGAACACCACCGUCUACAACCAGACCAGCAAAGUUCCGUCGUUCUCGUUGGACGGCCUUGAGCCCGGGACCAGCUACGACGUCUACGUUUACGCGAGCAACAGCAAAGGUCGUAGCGAGAGGGUCCACUUUCGUGCGACCACCCUGAAUCUGCCCGAAAGACGAACAGCAGGUGAAAGGCAGGCGCAACUUCCGCCCCCGGAGAAUUGCACGAUCAGGGAAGAGAGUCGGACAACGGUCAGGGUGAGCUGCGCGGAGAGCGAGUACAUCGACCCGCGCACUGCCACCUAUGUGCUGCAGGUCUACGACGCGGGCACCAGACGUCUGCUGGCGUCCACGACUAGCAUGACGCCUAGCAUGCUCGAGAUCACGGACCUGCCCGCGGAGAGGAGUUACUCCGGGCUGGUGCUGUCCCUGUGGAUCAUGACGGAGCACGCGAUGAGCGACACCACCGUACUCCACAGCCCGCACUAUGUACAGGAGGGUAAGACACCGGAGCAUCAACGAUACCCAGCACUGACGCCGGUGAUGCUGUCGUUGUCCGGUCCGUUGCUCGGCGCGGUGGUCGGCGCCACGGCGGGCCUGCUGCUGGUGAUCUUCGUGAUAGUGCUGGCGGUGAGAUUGCGCUAUCGACCGAGGCCGCAGGAGGACAAGGACUCUCACGACGACGGCGGUAUGGCGAACCUGGCCGCGUCCGGCACCGGCAGCUCAUCUCCACGUGAUAAAUCGUCGACCUUGCCUCUCAACUCCGACAGCAUCGAGAGCUUCGAGAAGGACCCCGAUAUAAUUCCUCACGCUAAUGAAAAUUCGUACGCGGAGCUGUGCAAGGGCACCUCGCCUCGCUACGUUCUCCACCAGCCACGAACGGACCCGAGCACUUUCACCAAUGUCAAUAACGGAUCAGAGCUAACCUACGCCGAGCUGUCGCUCCGUGGGAACCGGCGAAUACCGCCUAAUUGUUAUCAGCCGGUACAGGUGUCCAAUAUUCAGCGACCUCAACUGCUACCCAUGUCGACCCUGACGCGCAGGCAACCAAUCCAGGAACCGACGAUUUACGCGCAAGUCGCCAGUCAUUCCAAGCCAAUUUAUGUGCCGCCCCCGCAUCCCUACAUGAGCCGCGGCACCGACGAAACCACGGCAGAAACUCCAUUAAUCGGACACGACAAUAAGAUCACCACGAUCAGCCAUUCGGGCAGCUCGCUAUGGCGCACCGACACGCCGCCAUCUUCGAACGCACCGACGACAUGAUUCUAAGCAAGCUCGAUCUCGGUCGACGCAACAAUUUCGCUCUUGAACGUUUCUCGACGCACCGUUACCAAUGAAAAGAAACUGUACACGCGUAAAACAAGCGAA